GGUCACUAUCAUUAGUGUGGAGUACAGAACCAAAGCGAAAGCAUAGCGAGGUCGUUGCAAUUGUGUGGUAAACUUUGUCUGAACUCUUGCAAUUGUGGCACUGCUUACAGGGCGCCUCACAGACUUGGUUCCAUUUUGCUCAGGAAAAAGAGGCACGAAAGCGAGAUCUCAUUUCCUUAGAUACUUUGAAAGCAUUCACGCCGUUCUUCCUACAGUCGUAUAUUCAGAGAUUGUGUAAUUGCUGACUUGUGUUAAGACUUCCUAAAAAAUGGGGAGCACCGAAGAAAUGACCAAGAAUCGUUCUGCCAAAAAGAAGCUGGAUUUGUCAGAUGAUCCUAAAGGAGAAUCCAAGUCCAGUUCAGGAGAGGCGAGCCCUGAUCCAUUAGAACAUGGUAUUGAUGAUGAUCUGAAGCCAUUAGCAGAAGGUGAAAUCAAAUGUAGUUCAAGUGAUGCAGACAGUGACACUGAAGGAGCCUCAAAACCCAUUGAAAACUCUUCAAAGGGCAUAGAUGUACAAGGAGCUCGGCAGAGAAAUGACAGUGUGAGUUCAGGUGAAGGAAGCAAAUCACCAAGUUCUGACCGCAUGAAAAGGCAACGAACUGUUAGUGGUUCAUCACCUGUUCAGAACUUCAUAUUUCCUGGGGUGGCUGCAUCACCACCUAAAUUUAUGUCCUUAGAAGAAGUAAUGAAGGCAGCAAAGGGAGUCAGCAACAUGGUUUUAGCACAUGAAAUUGCUGUUGAUAAGAACUUCAAACUAGAAAAGUUUGAGCCUCCAGAUAAUACUGUUGAAAAACAAGUUCGUGAUGUCAUGCAUCGGGCAUUUUGGGAUCAGCUUACUGAUCAGUUGGCUCAGGAUCCUCCAUGCUAUGAACAAGCUUUUGUACUUCUGCAAGAAGUUCGUGAUAACUUGAUAGAUAUCACUUUACCUCACCAUACUAAAUUACGACAGGAAAUUUCCGAUAGUCUUGAUGUAGAGCUUAUAAAACAACAAGCAGAGCAUGGUAUUCUAAACUUUAGUCAGUAUUCACAGUAUGUGCUGUCCAUAAUGUCUCGUCUGUGUGCUCCAGUUAGAGAUGAGACUAUUAGAAAUUUAAUGAGAGAAUCAGAAGUAGUACCUGUGUUUCGUGGUGUAAUGGAAACACUUGAUCUCAUGCGUCUUGACAUGGCAAACUUUACUAUUCAGCAAAUCCGACCACACAUUAUUGCUCAGAGUGUAACGUAUGAAAAGAAAAAGUUUGCUGAAUUCCUGAAAACACAGAAUGAUGGCCUAGAAUUAACACGUGAAUGGCUUGUGAGCCAUGUCAAACCAGAAGACAUAGCUGCUGCAGAUGAUUUGUCUAUGAGGAAUAUAGUUAGCCUGGUUAUUAACAGAGCAUAUAUGGAGCUUCUGUCAUGGCCAGAUGAAAGGUUGCUUCCAGAGACAGUUGUGUUGGAUGGCAGCAGAUUACUUGAACUUAGGGACCGCAUGAGUCAGGUGUGUGUAUUAGGAGCAGUUUUGCUCGUCACAUUUUCAUCUGUUGGUCCAAUUGUAACACAACCUGAUGCCUUUAAGCUGAAGUUGAAAAGAAACCUGUGCAUUAUACUUGAUCCAGCCCUGUCAGAAAAAGAUACAAUGGAUGUUAUGGACAACAUUGCUGAGCAAGUUGUUAAGGAGGUAGAUGACCAUCUUAAAGAAAAUGAAAAACCACCACUUCCUGUGUCGGCCAGAAAUGCAUUAAAAGCCCAGGUUCUUGAAGUAAAAAAUGUCGACCAUCGUAUUAGGUCCCUUAUCAGUAAGCGGGCAAUGGAGUUUGUGAGUGUCAUCAUGAAUUCUACAACUGCUCGUCCUGUCCAAAUCCCGCCUGGUCUUUCAACCUUGCAAGAGGAAUUGGCACAUAUCUGUGGAACUCUGAUUAGACUGGUAACACACAAUCGCUCGGUAUUUGGAGAAUAUUAUGGUGACAUUAUCUCAAAUCACAUAAAACGGGCGAAAGAAACUGGGGCAGAAGACAGCAGUGAUAAGAGUGAAGCUAGUGCAAGUGUUUAGUACACAAGUCAAACUGGAGAAAUCCUGUGAAAGGUCCGGAGUGUCUUGAAAAUGUUGAAGUGUAAUAGGAGUGCGUCAGUGUAGAUAUUAAACUAUUGGCAGAAGCCUAUUUUGAAUAGUAAGUAACCUCCUUUUUUAUAGUAAAUUUUUUAUGUUGAACUGUAAAAUAGGGUAUACUGUGUAAAAAUGCAUAAUUAAGAUUCAAUAUGAAACAAUUAGAAAAUGUCUCUCUUGUGGAUUUAGAACACAGAAAGCAAAUAUUUGUUGAGAAAUAUAAAAGCCUUUACUUUCAUGACAUAUGGGGCCACCCCAUUGUAUUAGUAUUGAUCAUAAUGGUCAGGGUGAACAAAAAAAAAAAAAAAGGCAGAAUAUCUGUCAUAGGCAGGAUAUACAAUAGUGUCAAAAACUUGUAUUUUGCAACAAUGAAAAAUAGGGUACAAAUUUUAGUGAUGUUUUUAUUUCUACAGGAGUUAUUGGAAUAAGCUUCGUAACUAUUAACUCUUUCUUUUAAAAAGUUAGGAUAAGCAGGUAAAUUUGGGAGUCAGUAUUUUAACCCUUCCUCAACAUCUUUGUAUAUAUAUCUUUAUUUUAUACUAUUUAAAUAGUUUUCUUUUCCAUAACCCUCUCAAAAAUUGUCCUAAAUCUUCAUUCCAUCUAAUUUGUGUAAACUGAGGAAUGCUUAUCUAACAAGUUCUUUUAAGCAGUUAAAUCAUUCCUGUUUUACAUUGAUUUAUGGAAUAUAUUUUUUCACUGAAGUAAAGUUUAGUCUGUGGGUUAGAGCUUACUAGGAUUGUGACUGUGAAAGCUCUGUGUGAUGUACCAGUGUAAUCUUGAUGAGUCUUUAAUAGUAUUUUUAUAUGCAAUUUUCAAGUGCUUCUGACAAUGCAUUUUUGCUGGCAGUGCAAUAUUUUUGAAUGGUUGAGACAGCUUGAUUUCUACGGUAGCUUGGAUUAGAAAAAGAAGCACUAUACUAAUCUUUGUCUUUCAUUUACAGUAAUUGCCACAUGUAAAUAAGAUUCUGUAAUCAUUUAUACUGUAAUACCAGAUUUUAAAAUAUGCAUCUUUAAUUACUUCUGAUGCAACCAUACAUUUAUGGCUAUCCUCUUUUGAUUUGCAAAGGAUUAAAUGGUAUGGCUUUGAGAUACUUUAGUUUUUUAUGAAUGUGUAAUUUAGAAACAAUUACCUAAGCAUAAAAAAGAAGAGGAGCCAAAAUCAUUCUUUGAAACUUACUUCACAGUUAAGACUUUCCCAAUAUUCAUAUGAAAAACUUCACAGUUAAGGCUUUCCCAAUAUUCAUAUGAAAAUUGUCAUCAAAGUUUUGUAGAGUGAUACAAAUGAGUGUCAUGAAGGCCUCGAGAUUGUUAUUGGAAAGCAUAACUUGCUACUGUCCAUAAUAUCAUAAAAAAUAUUACAGUAUGUACUCUUGAUCUUUUUCAGCUGGUCUUAUUUUCAGGUAUAUAUUUGUUUUCAUAUGUUGAUUUUUGACAUGGUAGAUAUUAAAGCUUCAUAUAUAUUAUUGAUUUUUGACAAAGUAAAUAUUGAAACCUAAAUAAGAAGAAAUUGGAUAAGUCACUAGUAUAUUUCUAGUUGGAAAAGUCCCAAUAUAAUGUUUUAAGGAAAAAUUUAGGUCCACAACUGGGUGGUUUUAUAAUUAAAGCAAGACAUGUUGAAGUACUGCAUUGCAUUUGAUAAGCUGUAAAUUUGCAUUUAAAGGCAUGUUUUAUUUUUUACAACUUACUUGUCAGUAAUUUGAUGUGUUCUAAAUAGCAUCAGUCAAGGUGAUUUACUUCAUUUCUGGUACUUUUUAAUUUUUUAUUUGAUAAUCCAUAGGGUACAAACUUAGUGAAUCAAUUUCUUUAGACAGGACAGUCAGGUUUUCCAUCUGAAAGUUCCCACCUGUGUAAUUCCUGUCCCUCCCUCACCACAGUAAUUUUCUUUCUUCCUGUUUUAGUCGUCAUUUUAUUGUAGAUUCAUGAAAAGCAAGGGUUAUGCAAUAUAUUUUUUGCACUAAAUUUUUUUUUUUACCAAAACUGCAAUUACAUUCAUCACUGCUUGGAGUUUCAUUAUCAGGCAUAGCAAACUUUCCAUUGAUAAUAAUUUCCAUUAUAAUAAAUAACCCAUAUGACCCAGUCCCUAAUUUAGGAAAACCUAACAACAUAAUGUAAUGUUAUAUGAUUGUAUAGCUUGGAAAAAACUCUUUAGACUUCAUUUCAGUUUUUCUAACUGUUUAAGAUUUUUAAGAGUUGCAGUCUACUGUAUUAGAUAGUGUUAAUUAAGAACAAACCCUUUGGCCCAACCCUAAUAAGAGUUUACAUUGCUAACUCAGUGAUAUGGUUAAACUAUUUAUUUCCAAUAUAAUACUUUAAGAGGUUCAAUCUUAACAGUCCAGUGGAAAUUUUAAAUAAAUAACUUUUAAAAAAAGAUAAUAUCAUGCAGUUAACUUGGAAAGAAUUAAGUUUUGUUUAUGUGGCAAAAGAUUUCAUAAAAUUUUUCAUAUGAAACUUGGGAUUCCCAUGGCAACUUGCUUUGAUAAUUUUUCUGUUGACAUUCAGAGACAAGACUGUAUGCCAUAGUUUACAGAGUAGAUUUGAUUUAUUAUCUUGCGUCUCAAAGAGCUAGAUUAAGUUGUGGUUCUAAAUAUUGUAUACAAAUGCAUUUAAAAUGCAUAAUAAUGGAAUUCAAUCUCUAUGAGGUUUGUCUCUUAAUUUUGUACUGUAUAUAUAUUUGUCAUAUCUUUUUGAGGUUUUAUUAUAUUUUUUAAUAGUUCUGCAUUGUAUUUCAUAUUUAUAGUUUCAGUUAUGCAACUAAAAGAGUAUGCUUCUGGUUAUAUGCCUAAUUUAAAUGACAGUUUUCUUACUUACAUAGGAUUACCAGCCAAUGAAUAACUUGUUUAUUGUAAAACCAUCAGCCUAGUAUAGCUGUAAUGAUUGAAAUGCAAAAAAAAAAAAAAAAAAAUGUAAUACAAUCCAUUACUAGAACAAUGUAUUGUAGAAAAGCUUGUACAGAACUAUACUACAAACCAUAUAAAUAAAGAAAAAGUUAA